AUGGGAUACUUGAUUGGAAGCGCAACUGAACCAGGCGUCCCAGGCGGAGCCACCGUGCCAGAGCAUGUUUUUUAUGCUGAAAAUGGGCAGCUCCUCCGCGUUGUCGGCGGUAUCCUUGCCACCAGCGCCGCCUCGAGGGACCAGCUAACAUCAUUGACGCCGUGGGCAAAGAAGACGUCAGUACUCUCUAUUGUCGGGCAAGUCCGCAUACGUAGCUGUAGGAAAGCGAACUUCAAUGUCCGUCAGAUGCAGUGCCGCUCGCUGCUCUCGACCAUCAGCUUUAGUUCGGAGAUGGAAUCCAAAACAGAGAUGGCGGCGUGGACGCUACCAAAACCGUCAGCGGUCAAAUACAUCAGACCAAAGUCCCACAACAAUAUCCAAUCGCCUAAUCUUCAUCGGCUCCUAAGAUAG